AUGAAUCCAAAUAUGAUUACGAGACAUGCUAAGGCGUUCCCUUUAAGCGAAACGUUGUGCCUGCCUUUGGGUGCUUCGAAAAAUGAGCAAGGGGGGCCACACCGGCGCUCGGGUGUGGUGAUAAGUGAGCAAGGGUUCUCGUACGUGCCUGAACGAGCGCGGAUAAAAAAGCUAGCCCAGGACUAUAGGAUUCGUUUAGCAACUUGGAAUAUAGAGACAUUAACGGGUAAGACGAAGGAGCUAGUUGACACCAUGCUUAGGAGGAGGAUUAGUAUAGCUUACCUUCAGAAGACUAAGUGGGUAGGGGAGAAAGCUAUGGAGAUAGAGGACACAGGUUAUAAGCUUUACUAUACGGGUAAGGAUAGACAUAGAAAUGGGGUAGGUAUCGUAGUAGAUAAACACUUGAAAGAUUCGGUAGUUACGGUAACGAGAAAAGGAGAUCGGAUUAUUUUAGUUAAGUUUGUGAUCGGAGAGAGUAUAGUUAAUAUUAUUAGUGCUUACGCACCUCAAAUAGGCUUGGAUGAUUUUAUUAAAGAGCAAUUCUGGGCGCAAAUGGAUGACGUGGUUCAAGGGAUACCUUUUAAGGAGAAGUUAUUUAUAGGAGGCGAUUUCAAUGGUUAUGUGGGAGUGCAUAAGCAAUGGUAUGAAAAGGUACAUAGUGGCUUUGGAUUUGAUGACAUUAACAAAGGUGGUAGGAGGAUUUUAGAUUUCGCGGCAGCUUUUGACCUUAUAGUUGGGAAUACUUUCUAUAGGAAGCUAGAUGAGCAUUUAAUUAUUUUUAAGAGUGGAGCCAAUAGAAGCCAAAUCAACUAUUUUCUUGCUCGAGGGACAGACCGCUUGACAUGUAAGGAUUGUAAGGUUAUUCUCGGAGAGUGUCUAGUAGCACAACAUAGACUUUUAGUGUUAGAUAUUUGUCUCAUGAGGAAUAAUAGAAGGAGAAAGGAAACUAGAUGCCCACAGACUAAAUAG